AUGGAAACGUCUGAAAAGGAAUCAGAGAACACAAGGGACCUCCAGGUUGACGAGGAAAAGGCAUGUCCAUGCUCCACUCGGCAAAGGAGGCCCACAGAAAAGAUGCAAGCUUAUCUGGAGGAGGAGGCUCAAAGAAAGGAAAAACGGCUUCUCAAAGCUUAUGAUGAAUGGAAAAAACAAGUACGUGCAACACGAGAGCAAUUAAAAGGAGACAUAACAAACAGUGAAAUUGCUUCACUCAUGGACAUUUUAGAGAGUGAAAAGGAUAAUGUCAUAAGGUUGUAUAUAGAAAUUAGGGAAAUUAUCACUCCCUCCAGUGAUACUAGAAGACUCAUAGAUGCUUGUGAAGCAGUCACUAGAGACAUUAUCAAGGUUGCACUAGAAAGGCUCUCGGGCAUAGAAGACUAUGAUAGUGAUAAAGUGAAGCUACGUCUCCGCGAGCUUCUCCAUCAAGAGUACGCUCAAUCCAUCUACAGUUCCUCUCUCCCUCGAUCCAGUAAGUACUCUACUGCCAGUAAGUCAUGCUCUGCAAGCUCAGUAAUAGCUGGAAAGAGGGCAGAAGCUGCCACAGAAUUAGCAGCCAAAGAAGUAGAGUAUGAAGUGCUACUAGAAGAGGAAAAACAAAAGGAGAAAAUUCAACUCCUAGAGGAAAGGCAGAAUAAGGAGCUUGAAAUACAGAAACGUGAGUUACAGAGAUUAAAGGCUGAAAAGGAAGUAAAGGCUGCACGAGCUAGAUUAAUGACUUAUGACCAGGAAAUCAAAGGUGAGAAGAGUGUUCAUUCUGUUGACCAUAGCAGAAGGGAUCAGAAGCCCCCCGCAGUUUCCACUUAUGUUCAAGCUCCUACAAAUAAUGUAGUCUCCACCCCACCUCCUCAAGCAGACGUCAUUUAUUUAACUCAAGCAGUACAAGACAGUGUUAGGUUGAAGAAACUGUUAGUAAUCAUUUGUUAUCAUUUCUGUAUAAUCAGCAAUGAGUGUAAAUAUGUAUAUACAUUAUUUUGUUUUCCUUUACCUUCAUAAUUUAGAUUAUAUUAGUUUACAUGUAUCCUGAGCAUGUGUUUAAAUAGUUGUCUGCCUGAGGAAAACCAGAACUUCUUCUUACUCUCACAGUCUUUUCUUUGUUCUCACUCCAAGACCCCUGCCCCCCAUUGACUAUAAAUAAAGGUGCCAAGGGGAACCACCCUUUGUAACACAUUCCUUUGUAGCCUAGCAUGCAGAGAGUGUGGUUACCCUUGUGCAAGUAAAACUCUAAGUGUGUUGUCUCGUAAUUAAUGGUGUGUACAGAGUUGGAGUGGAAAGCCUGUCGCUUUCUCCAACAUAUACUGUAUUGUAGUUUGGUCCUGUGUGCAGAGUUGGAGUGGAAAGCCUGACGCUUUCUCCAACAUAUAAUUUGGUCCUUCGAGCCGGAUCCGAGGACACCUGACGACAUCGCCAGCGCACCGAGAGGAGCGACACCGAAGUCUGUCGACAGCCACUCGGAGACGGGUGCAAGAAAGACCUGUGACGUGAAUUCGUCAUCAGGCCGGUGGUUAGAACUGCGCUCAACGUCUGGUGAUGUCUGACGGACCUCGGUGGUGGAACACAGGCACACAGGACAGGAUAAUCUGCAGCCAGGAGAUUGGAUCCUGGUCAAGGUCCUGUUGCGAAAGGAUUGGAGCACUCCUCGGUGGGACGGUCCUUAUCAAGUCCUCCUCACAACACCAACAGCGGUGAAGAUAGCAGAGCGACCUUCCUGGAUACAUAAGAGUCACUGUAAGCCCAUCAAGCACGUAUCAGAGACCUCUGUACCUUCGGAGUAGCAGUGGAAGUCCGCUACAAAGGCGCAGCAAUCAAUAGGAUACUGACGUCUCAACCCGGUGAAGAAAACAGCUGAUCUGCACUCCAUUUAGAAUGGCUCUGAUUGGGUGGGGAUGUGGUAAGGUAACUCUCGGUGUAAUUCUCUUUAUGGGAAUUGUUGGUCUGCUUCUGCACUCACCAGAGCAGGUGUUUCAUCCACCUAGAUGGACACAUGAUGGUUCCUACCUGAGACCUAUCUCCACAAAUGAGACCCAUCCUUUCCUACAAAAUUACUGGUAUCGUUAUGUUUAUGAUUCAGCAAAGAAAGACAAUUUAACUAACUGUUAUGUCUGUACACAUAUGUCCCUGGAUCCCCAUGCCAGUCCCUCAUGGUUGAAUUGGUUUCUUACUGGGUCCUGGUGGCAGUUACUGCUAAAGUUCUCACUCCCCAUUCUUGUUACAUUAUUAUUUGUAUGUUGUUGUUUCAUUUGUAUUAUACCCUGCCUCCGUUCCAUGAUACAACAUACUUUUAGUUCUGUUUUUCUGCUAUACACUGCAGAAGAACGAAUGGAUUUACUAACCUUGUCUAGCCCUCUUAAUAAUGAUGAUGAUGUGAUCUGAAUGACGGUUGUGCUGAAAGUGUUUUUGCAAUUUGUACAAUACUGAUGCUUCUGAUCAUACUGUCAUGAUAAACAGGAGGGACUGUUAGGUUGAAGAAACUGUUAGUAAUCAUUUGUUAUCAUUUCUGUAUAAUCAGCAAUGAGUGUAAAUAUGUAUAUACAUUAUUUUGUUUUCCUUUACCUUCAUAAUUUAGAUUAUAUUAGUUUACAUGUAUCCUGAGCACGUGUUUAAAUAGUUGUCUACCUGAGGAAAACCAGAACUUCUUCUUACUCUCACAGUCUUUUCUUUGUUCUCACUCCAAGACCCCUGCCCCCCAUUGACUAUAAAUAAAGGUGCCAAGGGGAACCACCCUUUGUAACACAUUCCUUUGUAGCCUAGCAUGCAGAGAGUGUGGUUACCCUUGUGCAAGUAAAACUCUAA